AUGCCUUACUAUGAUCCAGACCAAAGCUCUGAACACAGCUCACGAGGCUCAGGUUACAAUGACGGCGCAUCAGAAAUCCUGGGAGUUGAGGACAAACAUCGUGGCGGAUGGCGCUUUCCAGCCAAUGGUCAAGGAGCACCAGCGGACUCGCAAGGAAAUUACGUCUACACCAGUGAACCACUGGCAGGUCCCGGUGUUCAAGGGGCUUUAGAUUCUGCAAAGUCGCGCUCACCAUCACCAAAGGCACCCAACAUUGCAUCACUGGCAGGAGACGACUCGGAAAAUCAUGCUAGUAACCAGCAUCCUGUCAAUAUCCCACAUCAUAAUUUGAAGCGUGCACUGUCAGGCAACGAGUCAAACUCUGAUGUGAAAUCUGAUGCAAGCCGGCACUUCGCUGACAAUAUCACGAACUCCCUGCCCGUGCAACCACCCACCAAGAAGCGGCGGGUCAUUUUGUCUGACAGUAAAACUAUCAGCAAGGCUGCGGAUAAAGUGGAUGAAGUCAUAGAGAAUCGAAAAGAAAUCGUCGCGGUGCUUCGGGAACAGACUGCUGUCCUGGCACGCCUAGUAUGUGUUCUUGAAGUCGUAUUCGGUGAUACAAUGGACGUACCACGGUGGUCAACACUGUAA